AGCCGUGUUCUCAGUGCGAGGCGUGUGGUGUGAGGGUAUAAGCCGGGGCUAGCACUGAGUGAAGCUCACUCGCUCACUCCCUCACUCCCUUCACUCACUCCCUCGAGUCGCAUUCCUCUGAUACGCAUCGGGAGCAGCCGCUCACAUACCUGUCAUAUUCCUCACCAAAGCUGCACUUCCGCGAGUCAUGCUGCUCGGCUGAGCGAAAAUAAUGCGAACGAGCUCGGCUAAUAUCGGCGCUUUUGGACUUUUCGAUGAAGACAAAAAGUUUCUGAUACAACUCCAGUUCACCUGAGCAAAAGAUGGAUCGUGUUUCCCACCGAGACUCACAGACCGUGUAAAGCUCCCGGAACAGGUGUGACAGCGAAUGAAGGGAAGAUGGGGGGCUGCUGGAGAUGGUGCUACCAAACCUGCACUUGCUGUCUGAGCGAGGAGGAACGGAAAUCAAUCGCUAUAGACAAGGAAAUCCGGAGAAUUCUCGCUGAACAGAAGAAGAGAGAACGCAGAGAAAUAAAAGUGCUCCUACUGGGCACGGGAGAGAGUGGGAAAACUACUUUUAUCAAGCAGAUGAGGAUUAUCCAUGGGAAGGGAUUCUCUGAGGAAGACAGACGCGCCUUCGCAAAACUGGUUUUCCAGAACAUCUUCACAGCAAUUAAGGCAAUGACAGCGGCCAUGUCAGCCCUCAGGAUUCCCUACACCAACCAACAGAACGAGGCAUAUGCUCAACGGAUUCAAGCCGUAGAUAUCCAUCAGGUGAACCACCUGGAGCGAGUUUAUGUGGAUGCUAUUCAGUGCCUGUGGGCAGACACCGGACUUAAAAUCUGCUACAGUCGCCGGCGAGAGUACCAACUACUGGACUCCACUGAAUACUUCAUGACGAACUUGGAACGCAUCGCAGCCCAGGACUACAUCCCCACUUCUCAGGAUGUGCUGCGGGUGCGUUUUCCAACCACCGGCAUCAACGACUACUCCUUCGUGGUGGAGAAGAUCACACUCAGGAUUGUGGACGUCGGGGGGCAGAAAUCAGAGAGGAGGAAAUGGAUCCACUGCUUUGAGAAUGUGACGUCGCUCAUCUUCUUGGCUUCGCUUAGCGAGUACGAUCAGGUCCUGGAGGAGAACAACAGAGAUAACCGUAUGGAGGAGAGUCUGACGCUUUUCUACACUACCAUCCACUCACCCUGGUUUGCCAAUGCCUCUAUCAUCCUCUUUCUCAAUAAAAUGGACAUCUUGGCUGAGAAGAUCAAGACGUCCGACCUGCAGAACUACUUCCCAAGGUUCCAAGGCAAGAAACGGGACCCCGAUUCAGCCAUGGAGUUCAUUCGUGAGAUGUACAAGCAGCAGGCGCAGAACCCUGAGAAGAAGGAAAACAAGACCAUUUACCCACACUUCACCUGUGCCACCGACACCAACAACAUCCGCAUGGUGUUCAACGAUGUGAAAGACACAGUGCUUAUCAAGUCUCUGCAGGAAUAUGGUGUGCUGUGACCAGGCCAGGUCAUGACUGCUUCUGAAGAUUGUGGAUAAACCCACCUGCCUCCUUCAUGUUUUUCCAGUGCCAUUUGUCGUUUGUCAGACAGUUCAUUUGUCUAAUUGUUUUGGGUGGUAGACAUGGUACAGACAUCUCCAGACAUUACAAUAACGGAAUGGGCCAAAGCUUGGCUGAAGAAAUCUUUAUGGUUUCUCAGCCAUGUGACAAUGAGGACAGAUUUUUUUUUUUUUUCUCUUCCUGCUUGUAUGCAACACAACAAUUCUGUGGUGAAAAUGAAAACGCUCUGCAUUUUGCAUUCGACUUCUGCAGUGCCUGCUGGAGGGACUACGUUUCACUGUACACACAAAGUGAUCCACGUAGAUCGAGAGAAAUCUGACUUCUCUCAAUAAGAACAUUAGAAUGAAUUAAAAUUUUUUCUAGAAAGUGUAUAUUGACGUCUCUCAAAAGGAUGCUGCAUAUUUGAUCAACUUUAUUUCUGGGGUUACAUGAUUUGUUGGUGUUGCGGUUAUAACAGAACACACUGUUUGACUAUUCAAUAUCUUUACAGUCAAAUAUAAGAGACUGCAGGCUGUAAGAGCUCAAUUUCUUCCUCUGGGACUAAGUCUUAUGUCCUUAUCUACAGGGACACUUCUUUUUAUCAUUUUCAUACUAUUGUUUUCAUUCUGUAAUUAUUUUCUCAGUAUGCUCUUUUUAAUGAGAGUAUAGUUGCUCUCUGUAUAAUUUAUAUUUAUCAUAUGGUCUUAGUAUUGUGUCUAGCAAAUGUUAUAAAUAUAGGUGCUUAUAAUCAUUUGUAUCAUGUAGGGUGAGCUGAAUUUGUAUUUUUAAGCAACUGAAGAUAAAAUAUCUCAAAGAAAUGAAGGACGUUCUGAUGUGUUAUCUGUGCUCACCUUUUAACCUACGAAUGAUUUGUCCAUUACAUUGGGAAUAAACUUUUAACUG